CCCUCCCGCACCCGGUCCUUCCAUUUGCCCCAAACGACAGGGCCCAUCGGGCGGUCCAUUCUCCGGCCGCCUCUCCCCGGCCUCAGCGCUCGGCAGCGGCGGCCUCAGGAUGAAGCAGCAAAGGCGGCGAAGGCGGCGGCUGUGAAAGAUGGUGGAUGUUGAUGUUUCUGCUGGUGGAGAUAGCACCAGGAGAAAAAUGGAGGCCCUGACAGACAGUGCAGUUGAAAUUGUCCCUUCUGAGCUCUAUGAUUCAGCCAGGGCGAAAAUAGCUGCUAAUUUACAAUGGAUCUGUGCUAAAGCCUAUGGAAUAGAUAAUAUCCCAGAAGAUUUAAAAGAUCCAUUUUACAUAGACCAGUAUGAACAGGAACAUAUUAAACCACCUGUUAUCAAGCUUUUGCUGUCCAGUGAGUUAUAUUGUCGGGUCUGUAGCCUCAUUUUGAAAGGUGACCAGGUAGCAGCAUUAAAAGGACAUCAGUCUGUUGUUCAGGCCUUGUCUCGGAAAGGAAUUUAUGUAAUUGAGAGUGAUGACACACCAGUAACUGAAUCUGACCUCAGUUGUGCACCUAUAAAAAUGAGUUCACAUAUGGCUAUGAUUGAUGCUUUAAUGACAGCCUACACUAUAGAAAUGAUCAGCAUUGAAAAAGUAGUUGCCAGUGUCAAACGCUUUUCUACAUUCAGUGCCUCAAAAGAGCUUCCAUAUGAUCUGGAGGAUGCAAUGGUUUUCUGGAUUAACAAGGUGAACCUGAAAAUGAGGGAGAUAACAGAGAAAGAGGUAAAAUUAAAGCAGCAGCUGUUAGAGAGCCCAGCUCACCAAAAGGUUCGAUACCGACGAGAGCAUCUUUCGAAUAGACAAUUACCAUACUUUCCAUUGGUGGAAGAUCUUAUGAAAGAUGGCAGUGAUGGUGCUGCUCUUUUAGCUGUGAUACACUAUUAUUGUCCAGAACAAAUGAAAUUAGAUGAUAUAUGUUUGAAGGAAGUAACAUCAAUAGCUGACAGUUUAUACAAUAUUCAGCUUCUGAGAGAAUUCUCAAAUGAAUACCUAAACAAAUGCUUUUAUCUCACCUUAGAAGACAUGCUGUAUGCUCCUUUAGUGUUAAAGCCAAAUCUUAUGGUUUUUAUUGCGGAAUUAUUCUGGUGGUUUGAGAAUGUAAAGCCAGAUUUUGUACAACCAAGGGAUGUUCAAGAAGUAAAAGAUGCUAAAACAGUUUUACAUCAAAAAAGCAGCCGCCCUCCUGUUCCUAUUUCCAAUGCAACUAAACGAAGUUUCAUGUCAAGCCGUACUUCUGGCCAAGCAGAUAUGCAGCCUCCAGUUCAGCUGCCACCAGAAGCUUGCAACAGGUAUUACCUGCACCCUGAAGAAUCUGACUAUCUUGGGAAAGGGAGUCCUGCCUUUAGCCCAUCUCAUCCUUUAUUGCCAUUGAGACAGAAACAACAGAAAACAAUACAGGGGGAGGACAACCAGGAUCAACGUCAUCGUUCUAAUUCAUUAACUCGAGUUGACGGACAGCCACGUAGUGCAAUCAUUGCAUGGCCAGAAAAAAGGCCCAGGCCUCUGUCUCAGCCAACACCAUUUGCUCUUCACCAUGCUACAAGUAGUGAUGUGGAUCCUGGUUCUGGUGAUAGUAUUAGCUUGGCUCGAUCGAUUAGCAAAGAUAGUUUAGCAUCUAAUAUUGUUAGCCUCACCCCCCAAAAUCAACCUCACACCACGGCUAUUAAGACUAAUGGGAAAAGCUUGCUGAAUAAUGUUGAUAUUGAAGAUGAAGAUGAAGAACUUGUGGCAAUAAUUAGAGCAGAUGAAAUUCCAAGCUGUGGUGACUUAGAAUUGCAAAGUACAUCUUCCAGGGCCUCAAGUUUAAUGGCAAGUUCUCGGUCUCCUAAAAGACAAGUGGAAUCCCUAGAAAGUAAACCUGAUAGUUUUUUUUUAGAGCCUUUAAUGCCUGCAGUACUUAAACCAGCAAAAGAAAAACAGCUUAUUAAUAAAGAAGAUGAAUGUGGAGAAGGGAAGCAAAGAAGUUUUUUGUCUAAAAGACUUAGUGAAGGACAUCAGCUGUUGGGACGGAAGAAAGUUAAUAGCAAUCAUGUUGAUCAUGAUAUGAAUAGGACUUUUACUCCAAUUUCUAGUUCAGAAUUUCCUACAGCUAUAGAUUCUGCUGCUACUGAUUCAGUAGGUUUGGGACUUCUGUCAGCAGAGGUUUCAUUAGAAACAUGCAGGUCAUUGGCUAGUGGUGGUUUAGAUCAGCUAUCUCAGGAACAAUCUGCUGAAGGCUUCUUUCUUCAUGUUUCCAAAGCUGAUGAAGAUACAGAAGGUAGAAUAAAUGAUAGCAGUGCAAAAAGUACAGAUCCACAUGGUCUAGAAACAACAUGGACUAUAAUUAGGCAAGAUUCUGACUCAGAUAUCCUGGAUCUAGAGGAAGCUGAACAGGAUUUAAUUGGAGAGGGCCCCCCUUUAGUCAUUACUAAAUAUAUUGGUGAGGAAGAGUCUGCAAAACUACAAGAGGACAUGAAGGUUAAGGAGCAUGAAGAUAAAGAUGAUGCAAGUGGACGUUCAAGUCCAUGCUUAAGUACCAUCUCUCAAGCUAGCAGUGUGUCUAUGGCUAGUGGAAGUGUUAGGAUGACCAGUUUUGCAGAACGAAAACUCCAGAGACUUAACAGCUAUGAAGCAAAGUCUAGUACAAGCAGUUCCCAGAAAACUACACCUGAUGCAUCAGAGAGCUGUCCAGCACCACUAACUACAUGGAAACAAAAGAGAGAGCAGAGCCCUAACAGGCAAAACAAAGAUCAUGCUAAUCUCUUGGCUUCUGAGCUGGUUCAGCUUCAUAUGCAAUUGGAGGAAAAACGCAGAGCAAUAGAGGCACAAAAGAAGAAAAUGGAGGCAUUGUCAGCAAGGCAGCGACUCAAGUUAGGUAAAGCAGCCUUCCUUCAUGUAGUUAAGAAGGGGAAGACUGACAUUGUUCCGCAACCACUUAAACCAGAACAUUUUCCAAAAGAAUAUUCUCGGCACAAUGGAGAAGAAUUGGAUGAUGGAAUUUCUAAAGGUGAAGACUUUCUUGUAAAAGAAGAGGAUAAAGAAGAUCUCCUUAGUGAUUCUCAAGAAAUGGCAAAAAUAAAGAUCCAGGAAAAUGUGGCUUUUGUUCAGCACAAAACAAAAGACGCUGCUGCUAUACACGAAUUAGAGAAAAGUAAGAUGCUCUCUGCUGCUCUUUUAGAAGAUAAUGUUGGUGAAGUUGUAGAUAUAAAUGAAUGUGAUGUUUCCAUUGAAAAGCUAAAUGAAACUAUUAGUACACUUCAGCAAGCUAUAUUAAAGAUUUCUCAACAGCAAGAACAGCUUCUUAUGAAAUCUCCUACAGUACCAACACCAAGUACUAGAAAUAAUUCCCAGGACCAAAAGGUAAAGCCAUCAAUUCAUUUUGUUGAGCCCCUCUCUCCAACUGGAAUGAACAGUCAUCGUAAACCCCCUCGUCUUGGUCAAGGACGAAGUCCUCGAUCAGCACGACCAGCUGAGCUAAAAGUUGCUAAAGAUAAACAGCAAAGUUCUUCCCGUAUUAAAACUCCAACGCCAAGUGUAGAAACUGCGCCUCACUUAAGACCUUUUCCUCCUAAUAAUCAUCCCAGAACACCCACAGAAACAUGUUUGGAAAGUGCCACAAGCCAUGGAAAUGAUUCUCAAGAAAAGUUUUUCUUUGAUAGUUAUAGGCUUCAUGAUGAGAGUAACCAGAGGACAUUUGUUUUGUCUGCUUCCAAAGAUGCAAACAUUAUUUCUGAACAAAUAAGCAAGGAAGUUUUGAAUAAUAGCGUAAAAGAAACAGGGAUAAAUUCUUCAGAUGUCUCAGGAAAAGAAAAUGUUCCUGUAGAAGAACCACUAAGGAGCAAGGGUAGUCUCAUUGAAGUAGACCUGUCAGACCUGAAAGCACCAGAUGAAGAAGGAGAAAUGGAAAGCCAUGAUAGCUCUUUAGAUUUAAUUAGUGAGUGUGAUCAGAAGCCUGGUGUAGGCUUUUUCUUUAAGGAUGAACAAAAAGCAGAAGAUGAAUUAGCCAAGAAACGGGCUGCAUUCCUUUUAAAACAGCAACGCAAAGCUGAAGAAGCUCGUGUACGGAAGCAGCAGCUAGAAGCUGAAGUUGAACUGAAAAGAGAUGAAGCCCGGCGGAAAGCUGAAGAGGACCGGAUACGAAAAGAGGAGGAAAAAGCUCGACGGGAACUCAUUAAACAGGAAUAUUUGAGAAGAAAACAACAACAGAUUUUAGAAGAGCAGGGACUUGGUAAACCAAAAUCAAAACCGAAAAAACCACGGCCAAAAUCUGUUCAUCGGGAGGAGUCAUAUAGUGAUUCAGGAACCAAAUGUUCUUCAACCCCUGAUAAUUUAAGUAGUGCCCAAUCUGGCUCCAGCCUGUCUUUGGCAUCAGCAGCAACAACAGAACCUGAAAGUGUUCAUUCUGGUGGAACUCCUACUCAGCGAGUUGAAUCCAUGGAAUCUUUGCCAAUCUUAAGCAGGAAUCCUAGCAGGAAUACAGAAAGAGAUUGGGAAAAUGCUUCUACGGCAUCUUCAAUUGCAUCUGUGGCAGAAUACACAGGUCCCAAACUCUUUAAGGAGCCUAGUAGCAAGUCAAAUAAACCAAUUAUUCAUAAUGCUAUAUCCCAUUGCUGUUUGGCUGGAAAAGUAAAUGAACCACACAAGAAUUCAAUACUGGAGGAAUUGGAGAAGUGUGAUGCCAACCACUACAUUAUACUAUUUCGUGAUGCUGGAUGCCAGUUUAGGGCACUUUAUUGCUACUACCCUGAUACUGAAGAAAUCUACAAGCUAACAGGCACUGGGCCAAAGAGCAUCACUAAGAAAAUGAUUGACAAGCUUUAUAAAUAUAGCUCAGACAGAAAACAGUUUAACUUGAUUCCAGCCAAAACCAUGUCUGUCAGUGUGGAUGCUCUCACCAUUCAUAACCAUUUGUGGCAACCCAAGCGGCCAACAGUGCCAAAGAAGACUCAAACUCGUAAAUGACAUUGGUUUUGGGGACAAAUAUCUGAGGGGAUUGUGCUGAAAGAAGAAUAUUUACCACUUUCUUCAAUUUGGGUACGAAAUGUGCAAAACCGUAAAACUUUUUAAAGAGGCUUCUAGAUAAAAUCAAUCUUCCCCCUCAACACACACACACACACACACACACACACACACACACACACACACACACACACACACACACACACACACGUUAAAAAGAAUGAAGGAACAAUGCCAGUGUUUUUUAAUGACUCAAAUCUGCUGUUAUAUUUAAUGCUAACUACUGAAGCUUUCAAAUGAGGGACUGUGCAUGUAGCAAGAUCUUUAACCAGUGAAUUUCCUUUUACUUGAAGUUCUCUAUUGGUACAAAUUGGAAACGAUUUAAUUUGCUUUUCUUGCCUUCUCCUCUUCCACUUCACAGUGGAAGAACUGAGAAUUGAUCUUGGGUCAUGAGUUUCUGAAUGUGUAUAGGAAAAGAAAUUCUUAUUUGGGGACUUUAUUUUUCUUUUGAAGAAUUGUAUGAUAUAUGAUUGUAUCUACUGCCAACAUUUAAUCCAAGUUUUCAGAUUUAUGGAAAAAAAAACCCCCAAUUUAUGUGGCUCAGAAAAAAAAGUUUAUUGACAAUAUUAGUUAACAAAAAGCACUGAAAGAUUGCAAAGUCUGUCUAAAAUAUCGUUUAUAGAUUUAGAGAUGACAAUUUCUGGAACACAAUCAUGAGGACGCAAAAAAUCAUAGGUGCUAUAAACUAGUACUUGCUUAGUAGGCAAGAUGAAUGAAAACCGUUAUCAUUGACAAAGUUUUGGGUAUAGUGUUCUAAUGAUUUGUUAACUUUAUUAAAGACAUAUUUUGGCAAAAGAAUACUUUCACUCUGAGCACGUUCCUCGUAUAAGAUGGUGCACUUAAGAUCUUAAGUCCUUUUACUGUUUUUAUUGUCAUGACAUGUAAUUCUAUUUGCUUUGUCCUGUCUUUAUUCUGAAGGAGCAGCAUGCUCUGAACAGAGUAUGUGCAAUUUUUUACUAAUAUUAAUUUAGGGUGAUAAAGUAAUUUUGUUUUGUCUUAUUUAAAAAUUUUAAAGCAGAGUUGCUGUUGUUUCAAAAGUCUGGAUAAAUGAAACGGCUUUGGAUUCUUUUCAUGUUGAAAUAUUAAAUCUUUAGUUAUGACCCUAAAUAUGUGUUUUUCCAGCAGAUUCAAAUCAUUUGGGAGAGUAAACUUGUAUUUUGAUUUCCUUCUUUAUGCACUUACAGUUCCCUUCAGCACUUGUGUUUUCACGUGUACAUCUAGAGCUCUGUAGUUGAAGCCUAUUUAAUCGUUAACUGGUUGCUAUGACAUCUUGAUUUGACACUAUUGCCUGAAGGCAUUUGUUAGGUUUGCACAUGUUUACUUGGAAGUGUUACUUGGAUAUAUGUAUAUCUAUCUUGUACUGAAGAGGGCACUGUAGAACAAUAGAAGGAAAAAAAACUCUAAAAUA